UAUAUAUUCUAAUCGUCGUCUUUAUCCGCAGAAAACCCUAUUUUCCCCUUGCUCAAUCAAGCUCAGUGCCUCUUUUACGCGAAAGCUCAACCAACAAGACGAUGAUUAUCUCAGAGAACAAUCGCAGAGAGAUCUGCAAAUACCUUUUCAAAGAGGGAGUAUGCUUUGCUAAGAAGGAUUUCAAUCUCGCGAAGCAUCCGUUGAUUGAUGUACCAAACCUGCAAGUGAUUAAGCUCAUGCAGAGUUUUAAAUCCAAGGAGUAUGUUAGGGAGACAUUUGCGUGGAUGCAUUAUUAUUGGUUUCUGACUAAUGAAGGGAUUGAGUUCUUGAGAACUUAUCUUAACCUUCCAUCCGAUGUUGUUCCUGCUACUUUGAAGAAGUCUGCUAAGCCUGGUGGCCGUUCCUUUGGUGGUCCACAUGGUGAUCGCCCAAGACCACCUCGCUCUGAUGGAGACCGUUCCAGAUUUGGUGACCGUGAUGCUUACCGUGGAGGCCCACGAGGUGGUGAUGAAAAGGGUGGAGCUCCAGCUGAUUUCCAGCCGUCUUUCCAAGGAGGUGGUGGAAGGCCUGGUUUUGGCCGUGGUGCAGGCGGUUACAGUGCAGCAGCACCAUCUGGUUCAGGGUUCCCUUGAAAAAUUUGUUGUCAUCUUACAACUAUGGAAGGACAGUUUUGUUUUUUGUUCUAGUUUUGUUUGUGUAAUGCAAAUCCAGAAUCUAUAAUCUUCCUCACUUUGGUUUAAACGAACAAAUCCUGUAGUUUCAGGAAUAGUGUUGAAAUCCCCGUUUCUUACUCUGA